ACAAACUCCUCUUCCAUCGUAUCCAAACGCUCCGUGGAAAAGAUCUACUACGCCGGUGAACCGCCCUUCUUCCGGUACUUUGUCUCCAAGUGUCAACGGCGCGCUCCGUUGAUUAACAGGGGGUAUUGGUUACGACUACGAGUGAUCGAUGUCUUGGUGAGGGACUUCUUAAAGAGACCGCUAAGGGAGGGGAAGAAGAGAAAGGUGGUUGUUAAUUUGGGGGCGGGGAGUGAUGUCUUGCCUUGGCAGUGUUGGAGUCGGUAUGGGGGUGAUUGUGGGGGGGUCAAGUUUGUGGAUGUUGAUUUUUUUGAGUGGAUGGAACGGAAGAAGGGGGUCGUGAUGGGGGAGGGGGCCUUGAGGGGUUAUUUGACGGGGGGGAGGGUUCCUGAAGGGGAAAGGGUGGUGGUGGAUGGAAAGGAGGGUGCUGAGAAAGGGACCGAGUGGGCGGGCAGGGUGGGGGAUGCGGAGUUUGUGUUGCUGGAGCAGAUUCUCCCGGAUGGGACGGGGCACCCUUUUGCGAGGACGAUGUUGGGGCAUUUUGACAAGUUGAAUACGCAGUUGAAGUCGGUGGAGGGUUAUCCUACGGUUGGGGAGCAACGCAAAAGGUUUGAGGAGAGGGGGUGGGUGGAGGUGAAGGUCUGGACUUUGUGGGAAGCUUGGGGGGACGAGACGUUCUUGUCCGGGGAGGAGAGGGUGAGGUUGGAUGAGGUGGAGGAGUUUGAUGAGUGGGAGGAGUUUGCGCUUUUCGGAAGUCAUUACUGUGUUGUGAGGGCGAGGACGGUGGGGGAGAGGGGAGCUAGGCCGGUCGUGCAUUCUGGUGUUGAGAUUCCGGUGGGAGCGGUAGAGACGCAGGUUGAUGAGACGACGGGCACUCGAGGACAAAGGAGGUUUGCUGCCGCGAUGGAAGUUUCUCAAAAGGGGAAGCAAUCGGAGAUUGUGAACGUUCUGGGACUGGGGACCAGGAACAGACUGCAAUCCUGCGACGUUUUCACUCAGGGCGAGGCAAGCGGACUCGCAUUUGGAGAGGGAGGGCCUUCAAGCAGGAUGUGUCACUCCCUUGUGGAUAUCGGAGACUCUGUUUUGCUUGUUGGAGGCCGCGGCUCACCAUCAAGCCCCCUCAAAGAUUGCUGGUUGUACGAGAAGAAGUCGAAUGCCUGGAGGCGGACAUACGAUCUCCCCGUACCGCUCUAUCGGCCAGCCGUUAUCACUCUCGGAACCUCAGGAAUGGCUUUGCUCAUGAAUGGUAGAGGAAAAAGCUCGACAUCUGACGGGUGUUUGCUGUAUCGGCACGAAAAGGGGUGGGUUGAGUGUGAUGCAAGAGGCGACCCCUUCGCAGCAAGAUAUGGAGGUGUCAUCGGUGUCAAGGGCAGCAAUGCGGGUGCCAGUUUCAGCGGUAUCUACGCCGGUGGCCUGGUGGAUGCGCUCUUCACAAAAGAGGUGAUGUCUUGGGAGCUAGAUAUCUCAGACAUCAGGAAGCCUUUCAUCACAUUCACCCGUUUACAACCUCGGACGGAUUCCAACCCAGAUGCUUCCAGCUGGCUGGUAGCAAGGUUCGGAGCAACCUGCGUUCAACACGGCAGCGAGUUUAUCAUUUUGGGCGGAGUGGCUCGAGACCAUCUCUUGGGCCACAACGACGAGAUCGUAACUUUCUCAGUGACAGGCGCAGAGUACAAGAUUACUCGCCGCUUGACAUCCAAUGCGUCGCCUCGUGCCCUCUACACUGGACACUCAGCCGUGGUAGCAGCUGACGGCAGAAUAGUGAUUACCGGGGGCGGUGCUACGUGCUUCUCCAUGGGCACCUUCUGGAAUAAGGGCGUGUAUUCUCUGCGCUUACCAGGCUCUGGCACAACUGGGGCUCUCCCUCACUGGACUCACGACAAGACCGUCGACAUCAUCCCAGGAGAGCGGAGUCUUCCCAUCCGAACCAAGCUCCAAAACGGAACCUCAAGCAUAGCCAUCAAGACCAUCGAGCAUGUUCAACUCAAGACAGCAGAUGACUUCGCCAAGGUUGUCCGGGCAGGCCGUCCGGUGGUGCUGGAAGGCUUGGAUCUGGGCAGUUGUGUCGCCUCUUGGAACCUGAAGUACUUGGCGGAAAAGGUUGGCAGCGACCGCAAGGUUGUCAUCCACGAAGCCGCCACUCAAGUAAUGGAUUUCAAUGCCAAGAACUUCCGAUACGUAACAACUGGAUUCGCAGACUUGGCACAAAAGAUUGAGCAAGGCGGCAGGCUGUAUCUGCGGGCACUUUCACAGGAGAAGCCCACAGAGAAGCCGUCGGUGCUUGAGGAGGACUUUCCGACUUUAAGCGGUGACUUUGUGUUGCCGGAGCAGCUGGCUUUGGUGCGGGAGAAUUUGUUUAGCUCGGUGUUGAGGCUGUCUGGGCCAGUGAAUAUGUGGCUACAUUACGAUGUUAUGGCAAAUGUAUACUGCCAAAUAGGGGGUUCCAAAAGACUCAUUCUCUUCCCACCCUCAGACGUUGAGCACUUGUCGUUUGCACCCGGUGCUUCCAGCUCUAGCAUCGACGUAUUUUCGUCUCUUGAGUCGCCGGAGUUAGCACAGACACACCCUCACGAGGCUGUACUGGGCCCUGGCCAGGUCCUCUUCCUGCCCCCGUUGUGGUUGCACACAGCUACACCAACCUCGGACAAGAGCAUCGCGGUCAAUGUGUUUUUCAGAGAUCUUGACAGCAACUCAUAUGCUGCCGGUAAAGAUGUGUAUGGGAACCGUGAUCUGGCGGCAUAUGAAAAGGGCAGGCAAGACAUCGGUCGCAUCGCGAAUAGCUUUCAAAAGCUGCCGGCCGAGGCGAGAGAGUUUUAUCUCUUGAGGUUGGCUGAUGAGCUGAGGCGGAAGGCAAGGGCCAAUCAGAGCUCAAGGCUUUUCAUCGAGUCAGCAAGGCACAUGCGUCAAGGGACUGCCCUGACAGGUCCGUUGUGCCCAGGCGGCACACAGCGCAGGAUGGAAUUGUGCUACCAACUGACGACCGGGCGUCCAAAAAUAACUUGGUAUUGUUUGGUCUACUGA